GUUGAAGUGGGAUAAUUUGUACAAAAUAAAAAAUAUUGAUUUUACUUAUGUGCAAAAUUUUUAAAUGGAGGGAGGGUUGUUUCGCACGUCAUUGGCUGAUGCAAUCUUUUGAUUUUCUAGCAGUCCCAGGCGAAGGAGCAGAUGAUGGUGAUAGUGGGAAUGAAAGCCGAAGUGGAAGUGAAGAAACCAAUGUCUGUGAAAAAUGCUGUGCAGAAUUCUUCAAGUGGACGGACUUUCUGGAACACAAGAAGAAUUGCACUAAAAACCCACUGGUGCUGAUUGUGAAUGAAGAUGAAGCAGCACCACCUCCCUCUGAAGAAUUCCCUGAGCCUUCACCUGCUAGCUGUCCUAGCGAUCAGGCAGAGAGUGAGACUGCUGAAGAAAGUGUUCAGACAGAGAACAAUGAUAGCUGUGAGAUAAAGAACACAGAAAAGGAAGAAGAGCCGAUGGAGGUUGAAACUUCUGCAGAGAAGAGUUUCCCAAAUCAAGGCACCUCAAACACAGCUACUCCUCUACCUCAGAUUCCUGAACCAUCUUCCAUGACAAAUUACAACAUGCCAAACACUAAUGUUACCUUAGAGACUCUGCUGAGUACUAAAGUGGCAGUUGCACAGUUUUCACAGAAUGCAAGGUCCGCAGCAUCUGCAAACAUAAACAGUGGGGUGACUGCAAUGGCCAUCCCAAUGAUUCUAGAGCAGUUGAUGGCAUUGCAGCAGCAACAAAUUCACCAGCUCCAGCUAAUAGAACAGAUCCGAAGCCAGGUGGCAAUGAUGAAUCGACAGCCAUUACGCCCCUCCCUGAACCCUCUAGUUCCUUCUCAGACUGCUCCCGUGCAAGCUUCUAACCAGCUCCAAGGGUUUGCUGCAAAUUCUACUCUUCAGCUAACGGGAGUUGUUCCUCCCACAGUUGUGGGGCAGGCCACUAGCAAUCAGCCCUCCGUGUUUGAGGGCACUCCACACAUCUCAAGGCCUACAUCUGGAACAAGCACUCCUAACAUAUCCAGCAAUGGUUCUUCAGCCCCAACUGAUUCAAGCUCAUCUUCUUCCUCUAAUGCAAUUACAUCAGUAACUCCUGCUUCUGUGUCAAAUACUACCAGUAGUUCUUCACAGCCCCAAAAUGCUUCAACUCCACCUUCAAUAGGACACGGAAGUCUCACCUCAGUUUCCAGCCUGCCAAACCCACUUCUACCUCAGACUUCAUCAAAUAGUGUGAUCUUCCCCAACCCACUGGUUAGCAUUGCGGCAACUGCUAAUGCAUUAGAUCCUUUAUCGGCCCUUAUGAAGCACCGCAAAGGAAAACCACCAAAUGUGUCAGUGUUUGAACCCAAAUCAAGCUCUGAGGAUCCCUUUUUCAAACAUAAAUGUAGAUUUUGUGCCAAGGUCUUUGGAAGUGAUAGUGCUUUACAAAUACAUCUACGUUCACACACAGGAGAGAGACCUUUUAAAUGCAACAUAUGCGGAAAUCGCUUUUCCACAAAAGGCAAUCUGAAAGUUCAUUUUCAAAGGCAUAAAGAGAAAUAUCCCCACAUUCAGAUGAAUCCAUAUCCUGUUCCAGAAUACCUCGAUAAUGUGCCCACUUGCUCUGGAAUUCCAUAUGGAAUGUCACUGCCUCCUGAAAAACCAGUUACGACGUGGUUGGAUAGCAAACCUGUCUUACCAACUGUCCCAACUUCUAUUGGCCUUCAGCUUCCUCCCACUAUACCUGGUGUUAACAGUUAUGGGGAUUCUCCAAGUAUUACUCCUAUGAGCAGGUCACCCCAGAGGCCAUCUCCUGCUUCAAGUGAAUGCACUUCUUUAUCCCCAAGCCUAAACAAUUCUGAGUCAGGCAUUCCAGUGUCUGCAGAAUCCCCACAACCAAGUCACAGUGGCUCAUCUUUGACUAAAACUGAACCCAUCAGUUUGCCUUCCACAAAUGCAAGGGUUGGAGACCUUACUGGAAGUGGGCAAGUUUCUACAGCUUCCACAUCCUCAGUUCCUACUGCUGUUACGGAUAGCAACAUUUCAACGAGCCUCCCAAACCCAGUGCUUCCAACCAUGUCUGACCAGUUCAAGGCAAAGUUUCCAUUUGGUGGUCUACUAGACUCUAUGCAAACAUCAGAAACCUCAAAACUACAACAGCUAGUAGAGAAUAUUGACAAGAAGAUGACAGAUCCAAAUCAAUGCGUCAUUUGUCAUCGUGUGCUUAGUUGUCAGAGUGCUCUCAAGAUGCAUUACAGAACACAUACAGGAGAAAGACCAUUUAAAUGCAAAAUUUGUGGACGUGCCUUUACUACAAAAGGCAAUCUAAAAACACAUUUUGGAGUUCAUCGAGCGAAGCCACCACUAAGAGUACAGCAUUCAUGUCCCAUUUGUCAGAAGAAAUUUACAAAUGCUGUUGUUCUUCAGCAGCAUAUUCGUAUGCAUAUGGGUGGGCAGAUUCCAAACACGCCAUUACCAGAGGGCUUCCAAGAUGCAAUGGACUCAGAGCUAUCAUAUGAUGAAAAGAAUAUUGAAACAUUGAGCAAUUAUGAUGAUGACAUUGAUGAAAAUUCUAUGGAAGAGGACCCAGAGUUGAAGGACACAGCAAGCGACUCAUCCAAACCACUUAUAUCUUACUCUGGCUCGUGUCCUUCUUCACCACCUUCUGUAAUAUCUAGUAUUGCUGCUUUAGAGAAUCAGAUGAAAAUGAUUGAUUCUGUCAUGAACUGCCAGCAGCUGACCAGUUUAAAAUCCAUUGAAAAUGGGUCAGGGGAAAGUGACCAUUUGAGCAAUGAUUCCUCAUCAGCUGUUGGUGAUCUUGAAAGCCAGAGUGCAGGCAGCCCAGCGAUGUCAGAAUCCUCUUCCUCCAUGCAAGCUUUGUCUCCUGUAAAUAGCAAUAGUGAAAGUUUUAGGUCAAAGUCCCCAGGUCUUAGCAACCAGGAAGAACCACAAGAAAUACAAUUAAAGACAGAAAAACCUGACAGUCCACCACCUGCCACUGAAAAUGGAGGUGCGUUAGAUCUGACAUCCACCAACCCAGGAAGACCGGUCAUCAAAGAGGAGGCUCCUUUUAGCCUGCUGUUCCUGAACAGAGAACGUGGUCCCAGCCAAAGCACUCCUAGCCUGGUCACCAGUACUGCGCCUACCAUGAUCAAAAUGGAAGUGAAUGGUCACAGCAAGCCGAUCUCACUGGGUGAGGUUCCCUCGCUUCCAGCUGGAAUCCAGGUUCCUGCUGCCCCACAGACAGUGAUGAGUCCAGGCAUCACUCCUAUGCUGGCACCCCCACCACGUCGGACUCCCAAGCAACACAACUGUCAAUCGUGUGGAAAGACCUUCUCUUCAGCAAGUGCACUGCAGAUACAUGAACGCACCCAUACUGGUGAAAAGCCAUUUGGUUGCACAAUCUGUGGUAGAGCUUUUACCACAAAAGGGAAUCUUAAGGUUCACAUGGGAACCCACAUGUGGAAUAAUGCCCCUGCAAGACGUGGUCGCCGACUGUCCGUGGAAAACCCCAUGGCUCUAUUAGGUGGUGAUGCUCUGAAGUUUUCUGAAAUGUUCCAAAAGGAUUUGGCAGCUCGGGCAAUGAAUGUUGAUCCAAAUUUUUGGAACCAGUAUGCUGCAGCUAUCACUAAUGGACUUGCUAUGAAGAACAAUGAGAUUUCUGUCAUACAGAACGGAGGCAUUCCCCAGCUCCCAGUAAGUUUGGGUGGAAGUGCCAUUCCACCUUUAAGUAACAUUACCAGUGGAAUGGACAAAGCUCGCACUGGCAGCAGCCCUCCCAUUGUUGGUUUGGACAAAGCAAGUUCUGAAACUGGAGCCAGUCGUCCAUUCACAAGAUUUAUUGAGGAUAACAAAGAAAUUGGCAUAAACUAAAAGCAUACAUUACCAGUAUCGGUUGGACCACUACUCAACACAACAUUUGUUCUAGUUCAUGUACAGUUUUUGAAGUUAAGCAUUAGUUUCCUGACCUAAAUGCAUAGGUUCCCUUUAAAAUUUUACCCAUAGCAGAAAUACGUAACUUUGUGGCUGCUGAAAAGUUGUCUUGCAAGAUCUGCAUGAUACUUCUUUCAACAGUGAGUUUGACUGUUACCGAGAACUAUGAAACCUUUUUAAUUUAAGUUAACAAAAACAAAAGAUCAUUGGAUAACUGCAUUAGGAACAGAAAGAGGCUAGACUACGUCCACUUUGCUUCUUACAAAACUUAUUAUCAACUGAGAAAAGGGGGCUUCACUAAUGCAUUCCUGUCAAACUUAUUUCCUGGUUUUGUUCAAAUUAGUUAGAAACUUGAACUAUGUUUUUAGGAAUCUUAAUCUUAAAUAAGUGAUUUAGUACCCCAAAGCAGUGUAUUAUUACAGUAUCCUUGUCUGUAGUAUUUAUAAUGUUAAGAUUAUGCGGGUAACAGACAAUAUACUAGCCCCAACCUUAAAUGAAGCUUUUGUACUGCAAAAUACAUCUGAUUAUGUGAUUUUUCUUUUUUAUUUUCCCUUUCUUUUUUUUUAAAUCAAGUUUUGUUUUACUAUAAAUAAGUGGUUUAUUUCAAUGCAGGCAAAAUUGUGAAGUUUUAUUGGGAAAGAUAGCAUGCUUUUCAUGUGCAAGUACCUGUCAGUAACAAACCUUUUUUAUUUAAAUAUUUGUAGCUGCUAUGUGGACAGUUGUUCUAUUAAAUGAAAAAUGUAGUGUGGACUUUAGCUCAAUGAUUGGAAAACAAGUUACAGACAAACCUUAGCACCAUAAAUUAUUCACAACAUUAUAAACAGUUGUGAGUAAACAUUUCAUGUUAUCAAAGCUGUACAAAUAAAAGGUAAUGUUUGUAUAAUGUGGUUGCAAACUCUUAAUUUAUACUAUUGCACUUUUAGUAUUUUGUAUUAGGGAGGUUUGUCUAUAAUUUGAAACUGAACAAAGAUGUAAACUAUUUUAUAAAUAGUACUUAAGAAAAAUGGGAAAAGCUGUUACAGUUUCUUGUUUUGUCUUAAGGUCAAAUGAUGUGAGAGAUCUAUAUUACUUAAACAGAAAAGCCACUGAGAACUGUCAGAUCCUUAAGUA